AUGAACAGAGUUUCAGUGUGGCAAGAGUUCAAUGCAUGCCAAUUUCUUGUUUCAUUUUGUUUACUGAUCUUUAGCAUUCUUUACGCUUUUCGCAAACAGUUAUUCAUAAAUUGGCCAUAUUGGUUGGUUUUUUUACCACUAUUUAUAUGGAAAUUUUUGGCCAUUAUAGGAGCUGUUAUUGGUAUUUGUGCUUAUUGUUGUAUACGAUCGAGAAAUCGUGAACGUAAUUCACCAAUACAAUGUCGAGCGUUAUUCUUUAAUUUAAUUGAAACAAUUCUUCUACUUUUUUUUGAAAUCUUAGUUUGCUAUAAUCUUGACCAACCGGAUGAUUCUGAAUAUCAUUUAACAUGGAUUAUUUGUUUUUUGCCAUUAAUUAUUCUUUCCAUUGUGUCUGUAUUUACUUACGUUUGGUUAUUACGUCAUGGUCGUUCUUGGGAGAUUCAAGCACUAUUUGUUGUUAAUAUUCUACAAUUUAUUUUCUUUGCUCUUAAAUUAGACAAUAGUAUUAUUACAUGGCAUUAUGCGGCAGUGUUUAUUCCAUUGUGGAUUGUUAUGGGUAUAUCAAUUCUUUUUUGCAUUGGUCGUCUCAUAUGGACGCUUGUACAUUAUCGUCGAAAUGAUAUUAAUCAGAAUACAAAUGGACAACAAAGAAUAAACCGACGUUAUUGUCAAAUUUUAGCAAGUUCAACUGUUGGACAUAUUUAUGUACUUUUGUUUUUAUUGAUUUUUCAAACACUUUUAGUCUUUUACUUAGAACAUACUUUUGAUCUUUCAUUUAUUAUUGUUUGUCUACCAUUGUAUAUUGCAUUAGUAAUACUCAUCUGUAUGUCAUUUGGUAGUCGCGUACCACCUAAUCAUUGGUGGUUCGGUCUAAGACAAGAUACUUGCGAAUGGCUUUUACAUUUAUGUCCGCUAUUUGAAACUUACGCCAAUAUUGAAUAUAAUUUUACAUCAAAUUCUACAACAGUAUCAUUGCAUAAUGUUGAUUCAACAAGAAUACAUUCAACAGUCAUAUCCAAUGUACAAUCGAAUCAAGAUAUUGAACAAUCUCGUCGUCAUCAGAGACAUUCUCGUAGAUUUUGUUUUCGUAAAAACUCAUCAUCGCGUUAUGAUCAAACUAAAAACGAUCAUGUUGAAGGCGAAUUAUUAACAACAGUAAUAUUGCCUGCACCGAAUAUUUUCAAAUUGCAUGAACCUGAUUAA